GUUUAAUCGAACCGACAUCAAAUUGGUACAUAAUAAACAAAGAGAGAAUCAAUCCACUGAUUGUUCUCUUUUCUCUCUCUUUCAAGCUUCUUCGCUCGUCUUCACCUUAGCACCACCGCGCAGAAACAGAAACCAUGCCGAAGAACAAGGGAAAGGGAGGAAAGAAUAGGAAGAGAGGAAAGAACGAAGCCGAUGACGAGAAGCGUGAGCUUAUUUUCAAGGAAGAUGGGCAGGAGUAUGCCCAAGUGCUUCGCAUGCUCGGGAAUGGUCGUUGCGAAGCCACGUGUAUUGAUGGGACCAAGCGUCUUUGCCAUAUUCGAGGAAAGAUGCACAAGAAGGUCUGGAUUGCUGCUGGUGAUAUAAUUCUCGUUGGCCUCCGUGACUAUCAGGAUGACAAGGCUGACGUUAUAUUGAAGUAUAUGCCUGAUGAAGCUAGGCUGCUGAAGGCGUAUGGUGAGCUUCCUGAGAAUACGCGUCUCAAUGAAGGUAUUGCUGGGGGUCUUGAUGAGGAAGAUGAUGGUGCUGGUGAUGAUUACAUUGAGUUUGAGGAUGAAGAUAUCGACAAGAUCUAGUUUUUUUUUUUUGCUUUUUUAUAUUUAGUGCUAAAAUGAGUGACAGCUGAGUGAUGAUAAUGAAUGCUAGAACAAGGUAUGUGCAUUAUAAACCUGAAUCUGAGAUGUUAACUUGUUAUAUUUUUUAUGUAAUGGCUAUUUGUAUC